AUGUCGGGCGAUUAUGGUUUCAUUGGCUUAGGUGCCAUGGGCUACGCGAUGGCAGGCAUGGUUCGCAAAUCUCUACCUAAGGAGACCACAAUGUACAUAUAUGAUGUCUACGCUCCUUCGUGUGAACGGUUUGUUUCAGAGUUCGGUUCACACGGACCGACCGUGAGCGUUGGAUCAGCCAAAGAAUGUGCAACGAAAACGAAGACGGUCAUCUCGAUAGUACCUACAGGAGCCAAUGUCCGAGAAGUGUACCUGGAUACCGAGAGAGGAGUGAUGGCUGCGCCAAUGGACUCACAACGGCUCAUCUUGGAGUGUAGCACUAUCGAGUCUGAAGUGGCGCGUGAAGUAGGGAGAGAAUUGGUGCAGGCUGAACGAGGCACGUAUAUUGAUACACCAGUAUCGGGUGGGGUACCUGCAGCCGAAGCACGUACUCUCUCAUUCUUGAUAGGCAGAGCAUGGAAUGAAGAAGAUGACAUGUCAGUACGUGCUCAGCAAUGUAUGGAGAUGAUGGGCCAGAAGAAAAAGUUUUUCUGGUGCGGGAAUCUCGGAGCAGGUCUUGCAGCAAAGAUUAGCAACAACUACAUCUCCUGCUCGGUGCUGCUCGUCAUUGCCGAAGCAAUGGCGGUCGGGGUCAGGUCUGGUAUCGAUCCAAAACUGUUACAAGCUGUUAUUCACAACUCAACUGGUCAGAGUUUCAUGGGUGACCAUGUAAACCCUGUACCAGGUGUGGUCGCGCAUGCGCCCAGUUCGAAUAAUUGGAAGCUAGGUUUCAAGACACAGAUGAUGAUCAAAGACAUCAGUCUUGGUGUAGAAGCUGCAAAAAGGGUUGGCAUUGAGCCACUCGUUGAUACAUUCAAUAUCGUAUUCGCGCUUCUGGGCCUUAGCUUCCGGUUGUUUGAAAUCGAUCGCAACGAAAUGUCGAAUCCUCUUGGGAAUAAGUUUCCUCGUGAUCAACACGAUUGCUACUAUGCUACCGAUCCACGAAUCAAUGAGGAUGUCAAGACCUCCCUGCUAGGCAAGAAUGCAAUAGUGAUUGGAGCAGGAAGAGGGAUCGGAAGGGCCUGUUGUGAAUUCCUUGUGCUUGCAGGUGUCAAGUCGAUAGCCUGCCUGGCUUUAGAGGCAACGGAAGCUCAAGAAACAGCGGGCAUCUGCCAUGAUCUGAGCUCCAAUGUUCAAGUUUUCUCUGCUGCCCUCGAUGUCAGAGAUUUUGUUGCGGUCGAGAAACUGGUUGCAGAGAUUCACAGCCAGUUCGGUUUGAUCGAGAUUCUUCUGAUGAAUGCGGGCAGACCACCUCAGUUCCUUCCAACUUCCCUUACAGACCCCGACAUCUGGUGGCAGACUGUUUCGGUGUCCAUGAAAGGCGCAUACAACGCCGUACGUGCAGUUCUGCCUGUGAUGCAGAAGCAGAAAGAAGGCCGCAUUAUCUUCACCUCAAGCUCAGGUGCGCACACAAACAUCGGCAUGUCCAGCUAUGUCCUAGCCAAAUUGAGUCAAGUACGGUUCGCAGAAAUAUUGCAUGUCGAAAAUUGUCAGUCUUACGGCAUCAGGACGUUCGCAUUCAAUCCAGGUUGUGUUCGCACAAGGUUUUUCACUGACUUUGAGGACAAAUCUUUGGGUCGUGAGGUCUCACAGGACAGCUAUGUCGCAAAGGACGUACCUCUGGAGGAUAUUUCGGCGCACAACGCGUACACGGCAUUGAAAGAUCAACACUUUGACAGUCCAUACAUGGCAGCUGGGUUGGUAACAGUCCUGGCAAGCGGCAAACUGGAUUUCAUGUCUGGUAGAUAUCUGGAUGCAGCUGUCGAUGUCAAGCACUAUUUGGAAAGCCGUAAUGACAUACUGGAAAAAGACCUUUGUAGAGUGAGAUUGGUUCUGGACCACACGGAACUGAUUCCGCAUUGCGACAAUUAA